UCUUUCCCCAACCCCCACCCCGCCCCCCCGCCUUUCCCCUUUUUCUGUGUAUCACUGUUUGGGGGGCCUUAAUCAGUUUUUAAACGACUAUUAUCUCACCCCCCCCCCCGCUUUCACCACGCGGCCCCUCACCUUUACCUCCCCAAGUUCUUCACCCCUUUCGACAUUUUUGGGGGAAGGCUGACUGGAGGGGAGGUGGAAGAGAAAGAGUGAAGAAAAGUUGCAAACGUCUCCCGUCUUCCCGAGCCUCCCGCCCCCACCCACCCUCAGGGAAGGAGAAGAUAAUAUAGUGCGAAGCAGCAGCGGCGGCGAGAACGACGGACGGGACGCGAGCGGGUGCGCAGCCGCCCUCCCGGCUCCGCGGCGGCUCUCGCAAGCCCGGGAGGCGAGGGGGCCCGCGCGGAGCCGCCGUGACAACUUUCGUUUCCCUCAGAGGGAAUCGGGAGGUCGGUGGCUCCAACAUGUGUGAAAUUUACCUUCUAUGAAAGACCUUCUGACUACUAUUUGGGGAACUGAGACUGUCAGAAAAAAGCCUCUUUAUGCCAGUCACUUUAUGGGACUGAUUGAGAGUACGCGUAGGUGACAACUGUUUCCUGAAAGGAUUUAUGCUGUUUCCUGAAGGGAUUUAUGCUGUUUCAUCUCCAUCAAGAAAAGAGAUUUUUAAAGGUAAGAACAAGUCAUGAGUUACCCAUUUUACAGAUGAGGAAACCAAGGCCUUAUAGAGACUAAUUUAUUCAAAUCCCAAAGCAAGUAAGAAGUGGUGCUAGAACUGGAGCCAAGAUCUUCUAAUUCAUUUUCAGGUGCCCAUUCUCUUAUAUACACAUACUUGGAUGCUGUCGACCUUUUUUUUUGUGGGAAAGCUGAGGGAUGACAGAAGACAAAUGAGGUUGGAAAGAAGAAACGGCGAGAGAAGAGCUUUCAGUCCAGCGUAAAGCUGUUGGAGCAAGGGAGCAAAGGUAAAGAAUGAUGUAAUGUGCUGGCUGCCCCAAAGCAUCUUUUGUUGUGGAAUGGUUAUUCCAGUCAUCUCUUUAUGAAUCAAAUGUGAGGAGCUGCUUUGUGGAAGGAGUCCUUUGCAAGAGCACAUCAACGGGAAAGAGAAAGAGACAUUCACUUGGAGGGCUCUUGCUGAAAAUGGGUUUAACUCUCCUUUUGCCAGUCACCACCACCCUGACCUCAUACAUUUUUAGUACAAUAGAGUGGCUGAGCCUUUGAGCACACCACCAUUACAUCAUCGUGGCAAAUUAAAGAGGACUUAUUGUUGUCAUGGCCCAUGAGAUGAUUGGAACUCAAAUUGUUACUGAGAGGCUGGUGGCUCUGCUGGAAAGUGGAACGGAAAAAGUGCUGCUAAUUGAUAGCCGGCCAUUUGUGGAAUACAAUACAUCCCACAUUUUGGAAGCCAUUAAUAUCAACUGCUCCAAGCUUAUGAAACGAAGGUUGCAACAGGACAAAGUGUUAAUUACAGAACUCAUCCAGCAUUCGGCAAAACAUAAGGUUGACAUUGAUUGCAGUCAGAAGGUUGUAGUUUACGAUCAAAGCUCCCAAGAUGUUGCCUCUCUGUCCUCAGACUGUUUUCUCACUGUACUUCUGGAUAAACUGGAGAAGAGCUUCAAUUCUGUUCACCUACUUGCAGGUGGGUUUGCUGAGUUCUCUCGUUGUUUCCCUGGCCUCUGUGAAGGAAAAUCCACUCUAGUCCCUACCUGCAUUUCCCAGCCUUGCUUACCUGUUGCCAACAUUGGGCCAACCCGAAUUCUUCCCAAUCUUUAUCUUGGCUGCCAGCGAGAUGUCCUCAACAAGGAGCUGAUGCAACAGAAUGGGAUUGGUUAUGUGUUAAAUGCCAGCAAUACCUGUCCAAAGCCUGACUUUAUCCCUGAGUCUCAUUUCCUGCGAGUGCCUGUGAAUGAUAGCUUUUGUGAGAAAAUUUUGCCGUGGUUGGACAAAUCAGUAGAUUUUAUUGAGAAAGCAAAAGCCUCAAAUGGCUGUGUCCUCGUGCACUGCUUAGCUGGGAUCUCCCGCUCCGCCACCAUCGCUAUCGCCUACAUCAUGAAGAGGAUGGACAUGUCCUUAGAUGAAGCUUACAGAUUUGUGAAAGAAAAAAGACCAACUAUAUCUCCAAAUUUCAAUUUUCUGGGCCAACUCCUGGACUAUGAGAAGAAGAUUAAGAACCAGACUGGAGCAUCAGGGCCAAAGAGCAAACUCAAGCUGCUGCACCUGGAGAAGCCAAAUGAACCUGUCCCUGCAGUCUCAGAGGGUGGACAAAAAAGCGAAAUGUCCUUCAGUCCACUCUGUGCCAACUCUCCUACCUCAGAGGCAGCAGGGCAAAGGCCUGUGCAUCCUGCCAGUGUGCCCAGCAUGCAGCCAUCACUGUUAGAGGACAGCCCCCUGGUACAGGCACUCAAUGGGCUCCACCUGUCCUCAGACAAGCUGGAAGACAGCAGUAAGCUCAAGCGUUCCUUCUCUCUGGAUAUUAAAUCAGUUUCAUAUUCAGCUAGUAUGACAGCAUCCUUACAUGGCUUCUCCUCGUCAGAGGAUGCUUUGGAAUACUACAAACCUUCCACUGCUCUGGAUGGGACCAACAAGCUAUGCCAGUUCUCCCCAGUUCAGGAAGUAUCAGAGCAGACUCCAGAAACCAGCCCAGAUAAGGAGGAAGCCAACAUCCCCAAGAAGCCCCAGACCACCAGGCCUUCAGAUAGCCAGAGCAAGCGACCACACUCAGUCAGAACCAGCAGCAGUGGCGCCAACCAAAGGUCCUUCUUAUCUCCAUUGCAUCGGAGUGGCAGCGUGGAAGACAAUUACCACACCAACUUCCUUUUUGGCCUUUCCACCAGCCAGCAGCACCUCACAAAGUCUGCUGCUGGGCUGGGUCUCAAGGGCUGGCACUCAGAUAUCCUGGCUCCCCAGACCUCUACCCCUUCCUUGACCAAUAGUUGGUAUUUUGCCACAGAUUCCUCUCAUUUCUACUCUGCCUCGGCCGUCUACGGAGGCAGUGCCAGUUACUCUGCCUACAGCUGCAGCCAGCUGCCCACGUGCAGCGACCAAGUUUAUUCUGUGCGCAGGCGGCAGAAGCCAAGUGACAGAGCUGACUCGCGGCGGAGCUGGCACGAGGAGAGCCCCUUUGAAAAGCAGUUUAAACGCAGAAGCUGCCAAAUGGAGUUUGGAGAGAGCAUCAUGUCGGAGAACAGGUCGCGAGAAGAACUGGGGAAAGUGGGCAGUCAGUCCAGCUUCUCCGGCAGCAUGGAAAUCAUCGAGGUCUCCUGAGAAGAAAGAUUCUCAUGGCUUCUGCUGACAGUUCUUUUCUUGUUCACAAAAAAAUAUUCCCUGUAAAUCUGAAAUAUAUAUAUAUGUACAUACAUAUAUAUUUUUGGAAAAUGGAGCUAUGGUGUAAAAGCAAAAGAUGGAUCAACACACUUGUCCUCUCAACAUCUGCAUUUGAGAGAUCAGUUAAUGUUUCCCUCAACAAAAGUGGAAGGGCCAAUGCUAGAAUUGCUCCUAGGUAGAGGAAACAGUUUUGUUCAUUGAAUAGUAUAUCCUCUUGUUAUAAAAGCAAGUUUAUUUGGUGGUAGAAGACAAAAUCCCCUACCACUUUCAUAUUGUGCUACAAAGAGAUCUCAAAUAUUAGUCUUUGUCCAGUCCCUUCCAUAGUGCACCUUAGUGCUGAGACUGAGCCAGCUUUUGGGUCGGAUGGGUAGACCCUAUUAGGGACAGAACCUAAUGGUAAAUCCAAGAAAUGAUCAUUUCCAAAGCUGAUUCACAAAUCCAAGCUCACCCGACAGCUGCGUGGUGUGAGCAUCAUUCUGCUGGACAGACCAUUAGGGACCUUGCCAAGAUCUACUUUAGAACAAACCCAGUACCUCAGACAGGACAGUCGGGGCUUUCACCACUACCGUGUCUGGUAGACCAUUUUCUAGGCUUGAAUAGGUGAGUAAGUAGGUAGCAAGUCACACUUUUCAGACCAAUUCAAACUGUCUCUGCACAAAAUUCCAGUUGGGCCUGGAUGGGGGUAUUUUUUUUCUUCUCAGCUUUAUGAAGAAAAAGAAGGGAACCACCUAGGCCUCAACAACAGCCAGGAACGUGGCAGCAAUAUGAUUUAAGCUAAGGUUGAAGGCCUCCCUCUUUAUAAAUCAAAGAAUUGCUUAAAAUGGGGAUGUUAAUCCUUUAAAUAAAGGUUAACUGGGUGUGAAGCCAAAUGUGAAUUUAUUGGAGUUGGUGGCAGAGCAGUAGCACCCUCAGUUUCUCGGCCAAAGUAGAUGUUUUCCAUUUCAUUGUGUGUAAAAAUGUAACAAUAAGGCAAAAUUUGAUAGGAAACUACCACGAGAGAAGAAAAACUAUGGAAAGAAUAAGGAAGGUAAAAGUUGCUGAGGAGAAAGAAGCAGACUAUUUCUUCAUAGCUUUUCCCCUCUUGGUAUGCGAUGAGCGUGGUAUUUCUGUAAUUUCCUCUGACUUUUAAAUGUACUAAAUAGGGCUGAGAGACAGGCUUUUAGUAAGCAGGGAAUAUUCAGAAUAAAACAGUAAAGGUGAUGAGAAGGCACUGAGUUUUCUUUAGCGAUGAGCAGGGCAGAAAGCCACUGCCAAGCUAUUUCAAAAACCAUCGCCAGCGUGUUUUGAGUAGAGCAAGAGCAAGGUGGCUACUCAGUUCUUGACCUUCAAUCACUGUAUGGAAUCAAUCCUGGCAGCUGCAAAUCGGAGGUAAUUAGAACAAGUACACAAAUAAUAGUACAUAUCUGCUUUAAACUUCCUGGCUUGAGUUUUACCAACUACAGUUAGGUCCUCUUUUGAAGCCUUAAUUCAUGUCAGCAGCUGGUGGGGGUGGGGCUGCGGGAUGGGGACUGUCAUUGUUCUUUACUGUUAAGUGUAGUUAGUUGCUGACUCAUAUCUCAGGUUUUUUUCUGUGUUUGAGAAAUGGACAGUCCUUUGAUUAGGAUGUGACUUAAUGUUUCCUGUGUUGACUGCUAAAACCAGAUAGAAUGACAUGAUUCAAAACUGACUUGAUCAUGAGGCUUAUGAGCUUCACAGACAUAACUGGUUAUGUACAAAUAAUGUGCUAUGACAUGGGUGUCAAAUGAAGGCAGAUGAGUAAACCGCAUAGAGUACGUCGUUACCAUACAGAAAAAGUUGUGUUAAAUGAUCUGAGUUAGUUUUUAUAUAUACAUUUAAGUCUUUGAUGUAAUCAGACAUCCUCAAGGUUUCACACAGUAAUUUUUUUUGUUUUUUUUCCCGUGACCGGCACUCAGCCAGUGAGUGCGCUGGUCAGUCCUAUAUAGGAUCCGAACCCGCGGCGGGAGCGUCGCCGCGCUCCCAGCGCAGCACUCUACCAAGUGCGCCACGGGCUCGGCCCUCACACAGUAAUUUUUGAUGUUAUGUGUACACACACCAGAAUCUGGUCACAUCUGUGCAACGUUCUUAAGAAAUGAAAGCAGUAGGGCCAUUGUUAAGUAUGUUUCACGAAGGUUGGGAGACUUGGUUUUACGAGAUCUUUGGGCAGAAAUCUGCCUUGCAUCAUUUAGGGUUUCUCUUGGCCACGGUCCCCUUCCUUCCUGUAACUGUGAUGUAGUCAUACAAUACAUACAACCUUUAGUCCUUGAUCACUAAGGUCAAAUAAUCAGUUCUUGGAAUCAAGACUACCGUGCGGAAGGGGCAGCCUGAGAGGCAAGCCUGGCACCUGUGGGCGGUGCUGUGGCGGCUGCUCAUGCAAUCGUAGGGGAAGCCCUGGUGUCUACUAGGAUGAUACAGAAAGGUGACUUUAAAGAGCAAAACUAGACUAACAUGAGAAAUGCUGGAAAAUGGUUUAGGACAUUUGUAAAGUUAGGUGGAAAGACUGUAUAAAUGUUUAAUAUGAAUAUAGUGUUCUUUUGGCAUAUGGCAAGCUGUUGAAUGGUUAAGUUGUGCAUUUCUCAUUUUGAUGUCAUGUAUGUUAAUAUGAUGAAAUAAAAUGAAAACUGGUACCUGUUUAUACAUAAAUGAGAAAGGACCUCUCUCUGCAGUUAUAAACUUGGUGAGAACAGUAACCUCUAAGUUGCCAAAAGAAGUGGUGGUGUCAUCAGAUACAUUAUGUGCUCAGUCGUUCACAAGAAACACUGGAUCAUUAGCUAACAGUUUAGUGCCCGCCUUCAUUCUUUAAUGUGUAUACCAAAUGUACACUACAGUAUAGAAACCUAAGGCGCUUGGUACUUUCUGAUUA